UCCAUGUCACACAUCAUAGCAGCUUGUGCUUGUAGGUCUCCAAAAGGGGAGUAAAAAUAACGUAAUAUUAGACCUUUUUAACCUAGUGCAAAUGACCAUGGUUGCCUAAUUUCAGGGAGAAGACACUGGAACUAUCGCCCUUGUCUGAGAAGAUGAACAGAACCCGGAACAUACGAGAGACGCAGCAAGAAGAAUUCGAACAACAAAGAGGUUAGCCAUUACGCUGAUUUCGUACGUCCUUGAGGAAACAGUAUUACCUUGAACCCGUUGCACAAACUAUAUAUGUAAUGUCUUAAACAUGGGCUACAAUGCUAGCUGACCAUGCAAAUAUCCUUGUUAACUACAGAGGAAGUGGACAAAUAUUGGAAAACGACGGAACUUCCACAAAUACCUACAAAAAUUGUGGAGGCUUUCAAGGCAAUGGUUGGGAGUUGUAUUAUUCACGGUUCUACCAAAAAAUUGCUGAGUAUCGAUGUGCUGAAAAAUAAGAAUGUUUUAUUGUUCAUUUCGGACGUCAUGGACAUCUCCGUUGAAGAAAUCUCGAUUUUAAAGCUCAUUUUUGAUGGGAUAAGAGAUAAGGAUGAACCGUAUAAAAUUGUAUGGAUCCCAAUAGUGGAGCAUUGGACCGAUGACGUGCAAGCGAAAUUCGACAUGUUGCAGUCCAAAAUGCCGUGGUACAUUUUGCAGGGUUUUCCACCAACAGUAGCAGACAUCCAGAUCAUGAAGAAUGAAUAUUGCAGCUUAAAGAAUAAGCCUAUUGUCGUGGUGAUAAACCCACAAGGGGAGGUGGUGCAUCCAAAUGCUCUCCGCAUGAUUCGGCUAUUCGGAAUGAAGGUCUUCCCUUUCACGAAGGGAGAUGAAGAUGCGAUAAUGCCUAAAGGAUUUCAUUUUCAAUCUAAGGGGUACGACACGCCGAGCAGUGGCCCGAGGCAGGAUAACAAGAAUUACACUUUCAAGUGCUAUGGAAUUGCCAACACCUUGGAGGCAGAAUUUACUCAUCAUUUAAAUAUAAUUCGUCCGUAUCUGGCUUCAAAUAGUGAUCAGGACAUUCGGAUAAAUAUGAAUUUGAUUCAACAAAGUAACAGUACUGGACGGGUUGAGCUCUGCAAAGGUACUCAUGGCGAGAUACUAGUAGUCGGUGAUCAGGGGACAAAUAUUUUGAAUGUCUUGGAAAAUUUUGAGCAGUGGAAAGCAGAUGUGAAAGAUUUUGGCUUCGAUCAUUCUUUCAUGCUUUGCUACCGAAGGCUUUAAAGGCGCCUACGUACGAACCAGGAAAUGGACAUCUCAAUCGUUAAUUAUGUUGGAAAGAUCCUGAUCUAGUGUAUGAUGUUUUUUUCGUUUGCAUGCAGUUGUUAUUGUAACCAUUCCGCCACUUAUGUUAGGAAGAUUGAUAUGCAAUAUGCAUCACAUCUUGACUACGUACGUUGGUAAUAAGCAGUGGCCAAUGUUAUGGAAUGGAUCCAUGUAGUUUUUUAAUGUUCUUGUACGUGUGGCAAUUUUAGAA